AUGAAGUCGCUAUUCGGCCGAAGCAACAGACACUCCCAGCAGCCACAGCAGCCGGCGUCGCAAACGACUGCCCAACCACCGAGCUACCCCCCUCAGUCGCCAGAGGAAGGCCUCAUUCUUCCUCCUCCGCCGUACUCCGAGUCAGUCGGGACCCCGUCGAGCGAGACUGUGGCAGGAGACAGUAAUAUCAGCGCGCAGAGCAAGCCUGCAGAGACACAGAGCAAGCCGAGCACCAGCGCGGCAGCUUCGAAGCGAAACCCUCUAACCGACCAGGAAUCAGCUUUACAUCUGGCGGCAAAGAACAACCAUAUCAGCGUGCUGAAGACGCUGAUAAAAGUUGGUGUCGACGUGAACAGUGCAGACUCAACCGGUUGGACGCCCCUGCAGAAGGUGGUCUCGUAUCACCUCGAGAAGGGUGAAGAUACUAUCAAAUGCCUUUUAAUCGCGGGUGCAGACGUGCAUGCUGUGAACGAUGAAGGGAUGACAGCGCUGGGCGUCGCUGCAUCCAAAAACCUGCGCAUCAUCUCGGAUAUCCUUCUCAAGGCCGGGGCGGAAAUCAACCCGUCAGACCCCAAAAAGGUGCCCUGGUCUCCAUAUCUCCUCGCAGCAUGGAGCGGUCAUCUGGAGCUGAUGAAGUUCUACCUCAACUGGGGCGCAGACGCGCGGGGAGUGAACCAUGAAGGCUGGAAUGCCUUGCACAUAGCUGCCAGGCAGGGACAUCUGUCAGUCAUUCGAUUCGUGAUUUCGACAAAGGAGCCGCUGAGCGUUCGCUCUACCAUCCAUGAUAAACGUACAGCACUGCAUAUCGCAGCAAGGUAUAAUAACCUUGAAAUCGCGAGGUUCUUCGUUAAUUCUGGAAUCGAUAUUCAUGCAAAGAGUCACGCCAGCUACACGGCCUUGCAUGCUGCAGCAGAGGAAGGGAACGAUGAUUUAGCCCUCCUUCUCCUGGAGAGCGGCUGUGAUAUAGAGGCCAAAGGACAGGACAACUGGACCCCCCUUGCGCUGGCGGUUUACAAUAAGCGGGAAUCCAUGGUCCGGCUCCUUGUUGAAAAGGGGAAAGCCCAGAUUGAGACGAGGAAUGCCAGCGGCUGGACGCCGUUACUGCUUGCUGCUAGAUGGGGACAAGGCAACAUCGCCCAGUAUCUCGUUCAACACGGCGCAAAUCCGAAAGCGGUAUCCAAUAUGAAAAGGACUCCUCUACAUAUGGCGGCGCUUCACACGCACGAGAAGAUCGCGGAGGUGCUAAUUGGACUAGAUAUUGACGUCAACGCCGCUGACGAGGACGGCUGGAUGCCCUUGCAUAUGGCCGCGAGGAACGGGUCAGAGAAGAUUGUUAGCCUCUUGCUUGAGCGCGGUGCUGAUCCGAAUGCAAAGUUCAAGCCUGGCGGUGUUAGUUCUUCUCCCCUGCAGCUCGCGGCCGAGCAGGGCCAUGAAAAGGUUGUCGAAAUGAUAAUCUACGCCUAG